AGUGAUUUUAUAUGCAAAAAUUAACUGAAAAUGUAAGAUAAUAAAAAAAUGGUAGCAGAAGAGUUUAAUGAACUAAUGGAUUAUUCUUGUAUCAAUUCAUAUACAAAAAAAAGUUUUAAAACAAUAAAAUUAUCAAGCCAGUGAUAAGCUAAUACUAAGGACAACUCAUAUGUUAUAGAAUUAUUAUAUAUUUCUAUUAUAAACAUUUUUGAGGUUUGUAAAUUUGUUAUGAUCCCUAAAAUAUUUAUCGAUAUAUUCUUUUGCAAAACUUAAUGACUCAGAAGAACAGCAGUAUUAAAAAUAUAAGUAUUGAAACCAUCAAGUAAGUUGACUGUCAGAGAAAAUACUUGAACAAAAUCAAAGGAAAAUAAUAAAGUAUCAUUAUUACUUUACAGUAAGAAAUUACAAUCAAAGUUAUAUAUAUCUGAUAAUACUGUAAGUGAAAAUUGCAGCUUAUUAAAUCAUAAUAGUAUAUCCUCAUUUGAUAUGAGGUAUACUUUAAAAAGAGUUUCAAAAUCAAAGAUGGGAUUAAAAUCUCCAAAAUUAUGCUCAAAACCUAGAAAUCCAAUAUUACUAAAAUCAAAGAUUCCUACUUUAACAGAUUUGCAUUGCACUAGUAGCAAAAAGAGCUCACAACUAGAAAACAGUAAAAAUAUUCUUAUGAGCAAAAUCUUAAGAGACAAUGCAUUUAAAUUGAAAAAACCUAUAGUAUUACUGAAAAGACUUUCUGACAUUAUUAAAGUUACAUCAUCUUCAUCACUACCUACGAUAAGCAUACAUAUAAAUGAUCAAUUUAGCAAUAGUAAUAUAAAUAUUUCACAGAAGAUAUUUGAUGCCAUAUUUAAUCAUUCUCAGACUAUGAGUCAUAAUAAACUUAAACAAAUAAAUACACCAUAUAAGUCACAAACGCGUUUUCUCGAAACAUCUCCACAUAAUAAAAUGAUUAGAACAUUUGAUAAUGUAAGUACAGCAUUUGUGGAACCCUUUACGUCUUCGACACCAAAAGAGAAAGGAACAUUUAAUAGAAGGAAUAAUAAAUGUAAUACAAGACAGAUAUCACAUAAUGAGGACACAACUUACGAAUUAAACGAACAAUGCAAUACAUUAAACGUUCAAAAUAGUAUUAUAUCAACAACAGAAGAACAGCAAGGGGAAGUAAAAAAAAAAGACGAUACCUAUGACCUUAUUGAACCUAAGACUCCAAAUUUACGGAAGAAACUAUACAAAAAACAAAAAACUAAGUGUGAAAAUUUUGAUCAAAAGAUACAGAAAACGGAUACGAAAGUACGUUUUGUAAACUGUUCGUCGGAUUAUAAAUGUAAUUCAUCUUUAGUAGAUCGCAAUAAGCAGAAAAAACUUAAUAAUAAUAAGAAUAAUUCAUGUAAAAACAGUUCAGAAAAGAAUAUUAUAAAGUCGCUGACUAGAGAUUCUCGUAAAAAAUCAAAUUCCAUCCCCGAAAUUGUAGUAACAACACCAUCCCGCAAUCAAAUUCCAGAUUCAAAGCCUGCUACAACGAAGAAAGUUCCAAAUUUCGCUAAAAUCCAUCAGAAAAUAUUCGCCAAAGCAGAAUCUAUUAUUGAUGCAAAGAAACGAGUAAUAGACAGAUAUACUGAACUGACCACAAAAAAUGAAAAGACUAACUCACGGGGUAAAAAUCAGUUAUUUAAUACAUUAAAUAAAAAUUCUUACAAUCGACUUGAAUUAAAAGUAAGAAAAUUGGAAGCUACCGAUUGUAUCAUGAAAAAUAAUACUUCACGAAUAACAAGGAAUAAAGAGCAAAACAGAGCUAUUUUGAAGGGUGUACGAACAAACCGACGUUUUGAACUUCAGAUGAAUUUUAGGAAUGUGAACCAAUAAAAUAAAUAUAAUUAUGUUAGGUAAUUUAUAUUAUCAUAAAAGAAGUUCUUGUGCUAUUUAUUUCAUUAUGCUCUCUAAUAUCAAUAAUUAAAUAAUGAAUGAAUGUAA